UAGUUGGUGGCAAGUAUUUGCACAUGAGGUGUGCUGCACACAUCAUUAACCUCAUUGUGCAAGAUGGAUUGAAAGAAGUUGACCUCUCUGUGAAGCGUGUUAGGGCUGCUAUUAAAUGGAUUAAGAAUGGGACUUCAAGAUUGGUAAAGUUUAGGGAAAUUGCUGAGGAAGAGAAGGUGGACAGCAAGGCAUUUCUUAAGCUUGAUGUCCCAACUAGAUGGAAUUACACAUACCUUAUGCUGAAAUCUGCAAUAACCUAUGAGAAGGUGUUUACAAGGCUUGUUGAAGAUGACUACUCUUUUGUUAUUGACCUAUCUGAAGAGAGAGAAGGACCUGGUCACCCGGAUGAAUCUGAUUGGGAUAGGGCCAAGAAAAUGGCAGAAUUUCUAGAGCAUUUUCAUGAUCUUACUAUCCGUGUCUCCUCAAGUCUCCAUGUCACCUCUAAUACAUUCUUUCAAGAGAUUGGGGAAGUGCACUUGCUGAUUCAAGCUUGGAUGAAUAGUACAAAUAAUCUACAAGUAUCAAUGGGCAAGAGAAUGAAAGAUAAAUUUGACAAAUAUUGGGGAGUUUGGCACACCAAUAAAGAGCAGGAGCAAGAGGCUGAGAGUGAAAGGGAUAGUGAGAGGAGGGGGAGGGGGAAGGGAAAAGCAAAGGAGAACAUUAAUUUACUGAUUUUCAUUGCUGCAGUUCUUGAUCCAAGAUACAAGUUAUCUUUGUAUACCAAAUUGACUGUUGAAGAAAUCUUUGGUGAGGAAAGAGGACAGCUAGUUUGGGCAGCUAUUAAAUCUUGUCUCCGUGAGCUAUUUGAUGAAUAUAGGCAAAUUCAUGCUCCAAGUGAAGUACAAACUGAAGUAAAUAAUCCCAAUCAAUCAAGUGGAGCUAGACAAGGCAUGCUUGCUGAAAAAAUUGCAAAGAGGAUGAGGAUGGAAAGUGGUUCCACCAACACAGCAAAAUCAGAACUUGAAAAAUAUCUUAGUGAAGAUACAGAGGAUAGGAACAAGAAGAUUGACAUCCUUGUUUUAGCUCACUUGGCUCGUGAUGUGCUUGCUAUACCUAUCUCCACAGUAGCAUCAGAGUCCGCUUUCAGCACAAGUGGACGCAUUUUAGAUGAUUUCCGUACUUCUCUUACUCCAUUCAUGGUAGAGGCUCUAGUUUGUGCACAGGAUUGGCUGAGGAGAGGAACUCCUAUUGACAUCCAAGAGAAUAUGGAGGAAUUAGAAAUGAUGGAAAAAGAGUUAAUUGAAGAAUUUGGUAACCAUAAAGCUCAGAAUAUUGGCAAAGGAAAAGGGAAAGAAAUAGAGGCUUCCACUGAGAAAACACAAGCAACACCAACAGGAAGCAACUCCAAGUCCAUCUCCAAACCCGGGUCGUCUACAUCUUAGAAGGUAAUAUUAUCAUUGUCAUUGUUAAUUUGCAUCCCUGUCUUAUUGCUUUGUGUGCCUUUGCAUGUAGGCUGGUGCCGUGGUGCAUGGUGCUGGACUGCUGGUGGGUGCCUGCCUGCCUGGGUGGUUUGGACUUUGGUGCCUGGAGGGUGGAGGCGCAGCUUCAUCUUCAUGGGAGUCAUGUUUAUCUCUGUUGGAGUGUUGGGUGCUUCAAAACUAUAUUUAUUAAUUGUGAUAUUUGAAGUGUAAACUGUCAGUUUGGUCAUGUACUGGUAGUGUUGUUUAUCUCUGAAAACCUCAUGUUUAUCUCUGAACAUGUAUACUAGCGACUGGACAUGUUUAUUCAGUUACUCAGUUUUGUCA